AUGAGGCUUUGUGUGGCUCGACUGUUGGACAGUAAAAAUCCAUCCCUGGACACCAUUAAGAUGCAGGUCUACUUCGAUAUGAAUUACACGAGUCGAGAGGACUUUCUUGAAGAGCAUCACCGGGUCUUGGAGUCCAGAUUGUGUGCUGUUAGUAGAGAAAUUACAGACAACAGAGCAUGCGCUAGAGAAGAACUGGAGAGUCUCUACCGAAAGAUCGUUAGCUAUGUGUUACUGAGGUCUGGGCUGGGAUCCCCCACAGACAUCAAGAUUGUCAGGGAGGCAACAGCUGCCCUGCAGAGUGUUUUUCCUCAGGCUGAGCUGGGGACAUUUCUGACUCUUAGUAAGAAGGACAAAGAGCACCAGCUGAAAGAGCUCACCAUGAUCGUAACUGGAAUUCGGUUAUUUAACAGAGACUGUGGGAAAGGCGGAGAAGGCAUUGAUGAUCUGCCAGCCAUUCUCCACGAAGCAAUCCCAGCCACCACGCAGCAUAUCGACUCCCAGCUUCAGAUUGCCCAGGAACAGGCCUUUCGCUACACAGCCAUCAUCGAGAAAGUGACAACGAACCCGCUCCUGGCCAAAGAGCUUGAGUCCUAUAUGUUAAAGGAAGCGCUGUACAACAUCCGGCAGUACGAGAUCUUCCUUCAGACUGUUUUGUCAGAUAUAAUUACUUGUGCUCAGGAAGUGGAAAUGAUGAUAAAACAAUUAACAGCUCAACUGGAACAAUUAAAAAUGAUAGUAAAAUCAAAAACAGCUGUCCCGACAUCGCAAGUCUUUCCUAUAUUCAUUGCACUGGCCAGCCUGUGGAUGAGCUUCCAGGAUGAGACCGUGCUGAUUAGUGUCCUCAGCAACCUGACCACUAACCUGGAGCUGUUCCUGGGCACUCAUGAGCUUCUCUUUCCCGAGAAGGUGAUCCAGGGCCUUCUGGGUGAUGUCACUGUGAAAAGUGACAUCUUUAGAAUUAAGGAGCACAUAGAAGAAAGAGUACACUUGCCAGAUUUCAGAAAACUGGAUUGGCUUUUUCCAGAAACAACGGCAAAUUUUGAUAAACUGGUAAUUCAGUACCGCGGGUUUUGUGGCUACACGUUUGCUUCAACAGACGGUCUUCUUCUCCCAGGAAAUCCAACCAUUGGAAUUUUGAAAUACAAAGAAAAAUACUACACUUUCAACACCAGAGAUGCUGCACAUUCGUUCGCAGAAAAUCCUGAACAUUACAUUAACCUGAUUAAAGAAAAAGCCAAAAAGAAUGCAGAGCUAAUUCAGCUACUUGAGCUUCAUCAACAGUUCGAAACUCUCAUACCAUACUCUCAGCUUGGGGGUGCGGUCCAUCACGGAGAGGACGGCAUGGCAGCAGGGUCUCACUGCAUCCCUACUCAGGAAGCAGAGACUGAGGAGAGCAGAUGCUCGGCAUGCAUCCUAGAAGCUCCAGCCUACAUCUGAGAGAUAUACUCUAGACAGAAGAGAGGGAAACCUGAAUGCCACAGCUCUCCAGCCUUCUUUCUGGCCACUGGAAUGACAAGUUUUAACUCUGGGAGAGAUUUGUCUUCAAGAUCUUACCUCUCAGUUAUACACAGGUAGACAUGCUUAAGUCAAGCGGCAAAACCCAAAAGGGACAAACCCAGACUCAGAGGCCAAACAGGAAGACUCCAUCUUUGUUCUGCUGCUAAAGUUUAGGGGGUCUUGGGCAGGCCACUCAACAUCUGGAAACAUGGGUUUCUCUUAUACCCAGAAAUUCCUGGACUGCUGACUGGGUUAGUUCAGUUCGUUCUCUCUCUUAAGCUCUCUCUGUCCCUCUCCUCUGUGUUCUACCCUCUCCCCUUCUGCUUCGCAGUGCACACUUAUGUAUAAUAUGAUCUGUAAGAUGAUGUGUGGCUGAGAGUAUAUCCGAGGAUGUGGAAAGAUGUGAGCCUUGUUACAGGAAAUGUUUGUUUCGGGGAGACAAAGUAGAUGUAGGAGGCAGUAAACUGGGCCUUGUGUGUCUUCUUUCGUGCACUUCUGCGAAGUCAAUGUUUUUCUGUAUACCCCUAUUCGUUCAUAAGGAACAGACCAAGAACUAACACGUCUACCACAGCGUGUGAACCAGGCUGGAAACGAUGACUCCUAAGUGUUUAUGGAGAAGUGUUUAUUAAUUCUCCUGAGCCUUUUAAUGCUGGAGAAACAAAAUAAGAAACAGAAUGUUGAGAAGGGGGAUGGAGAUAUGACUGAGAAUACAACAUGGACCUUCAGAAGUGUUUGUAAAUUUCAAUCCCUUAUAUAUAUGUUAAAUACUUGAGUACUUAUGCUACCAGUUUUCUUAAAUCUCUCUCUCUCUUUCUGUCUCCUUCCCUCCUUCCCUUCUUCCCUCUUUUUCCCUCUCCCUUCUACUCUCAUUCCUACCAAUAUUUGAUAUAUCUCCUAAUAAAACCAGGAAAA